AUGCCACUGGUCGUUCCGAAUCCGCACUUGCAAGAAGCGCUUGUUUCGAUCCAACAAGCUUCUUCUGCAUUCACCAACCCUGAUCCGCAAAUUAGAGCCAAAGGAGAAGCCACUUUCAUCGCUCUCUGCCAAUCCGACGGUGCACUCGACUAUGCUUGCUUUGCUCUCGAACAUUCGCACGAUCCUCUGGUCCUUUUCCAGUCGCUCGAUGUUCUCCUCUACGUGCUUCCAUCAUUGACGGCACAACAGCCCAGUCAAGCCAUCGCAUCUCUCAGCUUGUUGCGUGACUUCCUUCUGCAGUUCUGCGUCUCUCGCAGCGAACAAUCCUCUCGGUUGGCUGGUCCCUCUUCAUCGCACAACUCGGCUUCAUGGCCGCAGUACCUUGCUGGACGUGCUUUCCAGACUGCCAUCGCAGUGGAGAAGCGUCUGCUCGGUCUCGAACUUGCGCAGCAUGUGGGACAGUUGACAGGAACCAGCUCCGCACUUGACACUGCAAUCGAAUCGCACGUUGGUCUGCUCAAUACGCAGCUUUCCAGUCUUUUGGCACUGCCCUCACCGUGGCCAGUUGAUCCGACAGAGUCGGCAGUAGCGCUAGCACGCAUCCUAACUGGUCUCGGACUCGUUCGUGCCGUCGUUGACGAGUUCAUUCUCACCAGCGCCAAUGACGACUUUGACAGCUCAGCAUCCUCCGAACGCAGCCGCGCUCAGCCUUUGCAAUCCGCUUCCAAAUCCGCUGUGCCCGGAUCUGCCGUGGGUCUCAACUUGCUCCAGCAUCGACAGUGCAAGUCGCUCAUCCAGAACCACGUCCUGGCUGGUCUCAUGACUGCCGUCUUCCAGCUUCUAUACAACACCAUUUCCGAGGAAAGCACUUCCAACAUCGACAGCUCUUGGCGUCAUACGCUCUUCUUCCAGGCUGCCUAUGCCACAGAGAAGCUCCUCGGUUGGACCUUCACCCGCUUCGACCCUUUCACAUCCGCAGCAUGGCAACAGCAGGCGCGCUCUCAGAACCAAGAUGUUGACGCUGUUUUAGUCUCCCGAGUCGACCAAGAAGACGAGCCAAACGCUACAUGGACAACUUUUCACGGCAACAAGUCCCUCCGACCCAAGCAUGUUCCCCACGCAUUCGUUCCCGUCUUGCUUUCAGACGAUGUUAUAUCCCUUCUCGCCACCGCUUAUCGCUUCGGUCUCCGUAUGCAGGCUUCAGCGAUGGCCAGUCGCGAUCUAUCCUACUCGGUUCAUCGCCUCCGACAGUGCAUUCUCUCCACCUGCAGCUUCACGCCUCAAUCGCAUAAACCGCAGCAUGUUCCUGUGCUCAUCUCUCGCACCAAGCACCUCUGCGCUACACUCCAAACCCUGGUUGAGGAAGAGUGUGCGUCACCUUCACAGUUGCUGUCAGCUCGUGGCAACUCGAUGCUCUUCUUGGCUCAGGCGUUUCAAAUCGUCGUCACUGUAGUGCCUUUACAGAUUUUAACUGCUUCUCUCCAGUCUGGCGAUGCCCGUGCUCAGAGUAGCUUUGCGUUCGUCUCCGCCUUGUCAUCGCUCGGAAAGGCUAUCUUUAUUCUUGAUUUCCAUCGACCGAAGGACACGGACGAAGAGGAUGAUCUUGCUGUUCUCACCGAAGAUGCUGUCGAUGCUCUGCUUGCUUCUUGGCAAUCCCUCACCUCGUCGUUGCGUCAACAGGACGCUGCUCACGCUCAGGAUACCAACGUGCAGGCCUUUGCAAGGACCGUUUAUGGCAGCAUUCGUGACCAAGUCUUUGCUCCUUACCUCACCGGUCGUUUGGAAGCAGCCUCGAUUGUCAGUGGAGAAGAAGACAUGUCUGAAGUCGAAGAAGUCGACGCCAAGGAUCGAGACGUCUAUUCGGACCAGCUCAUCACAAUCGCCAAUCUUGCGAGGACUUCUGCAGCAGACAACCUGCGAGCGUUGCAUCAACUCGCCCAGCCUCUAUGCGACAAGCUCAUCGCUAAAUCUCAGCGACGGGCCAACUUCACCGACGUAGAGAUGGGCCAGAUUUGGGAGCAGAUUCACUGGCUCAUGCUCAUCGCUGGUCAUGUGCUAGCGGAUGAUGCACGUGGCGAAACACCCGAAGUUCCCAGCGAGAUCGCAGCGAGCGCAGAACCAGAUGAUCCUGCCGUGGCUCUCAUUAUGCAGCUUGGCAUGCAACUUCUUCAGCACCUUUCCGCGAAUGGCGCUGCGUCUGUAGCGGCUUCCAGUCCGCAAGUGACUGAGACACUGCUCUGGUUCACUGGGCGUUGGACAUCAUCGUAUCUCCUGAUCGACCAACGAUCUGGCUUUGCAACCAAUGCUGCUAUCCAGCGCGCCUUUGGAGAUCAGGCAGGACGACAAGUCCUGACUUUCUUGCUUCAGCGACUCUCCGAGAAUCUGCAGCUGUGGAUGUCCGACUCAUAUGUGCUACUGCAGCUUGCUCAGGUUCUCUCCGCUUUCACUCGAUCCAGCGGCAUCAUGAUCUGCCUUCUGCAGCUUCCCGAGAUGGAGCAGCUAGUCUCAGGAAUCGUCUCCGGCCUCGAUCACCUUCCCGCCAACACGCACGGUGCACUGAUCGCCUCCGUAGUCAGCUGCAUUUAUUCUGGCGCAACGCAUACCGACGCACCCACCGAGCGAUCCGCCGAAUUCUAUUUCAAGCAAAUCACCGCAUCCAUCGAAUCACGUUUCGGCACUCUCCUCUCUCGUUCUGACUUUGCAGCCAACUGUCAGCGCUCGGACGUCAUCUCUGCCGUCCAAACCUCGCUAGACAUGCUUGAAGGUCUCGCUUCCUCGAUCCAGCCCAACUCGGCAGAGAUUGUGUACGGAUUCAUCUCCAAAUUCUUCACCGCUUUUUCGCAGUUGUGUCGAGUGUACGACUCUCGACCAGAAAUCGCGUUAUCGAUCUUGAGGUUGCUUCACACACUCAGUGUUUCGUUGGAGUUGGAUUUUGGUGCUGAGCCAUUUAUCGUUAUAGGUCUUAAUCAGGCAGUGUGGGAAUUGAUGCAGGCUUUGCAGGGAGAGAAUAGGGCGGGAAAGAAGAAGACGCACUUGUUGCUUGCUUCGGAGGCUGGGUCACCGUUAGAUGAUGAUGUGCCGUAUGAAGGGUUGUGUCUGUUGCUUGAAUUACUUGCUGAGCUUUCAGGCUCUGCGAGGGCAGGAGUGGACGAUGGAGGGUCGGAUCAGUCGUUGGAGUUGCAGCCGAGUAAGACUAGCGAUGUUUGUUUGGUUGGAUUUGAACAUGUACUUGGUCUUCUGCUCACUCCUGAUCCGCUAAGCGUUCCGAGGUUGAGGCAGGGAUUGGGAAAGCUCACGUCGUCGAUCUUUGGUCUGUUUUCUGGGCGAAUGAUUCUCGUCGCAUCUAAAACUGGCAACACUUCUCACGGCACAUUGCUGGAUAAAGCAGUCCAAGCCCUCUCCCUAUGCAUAAAGAUGGACGAGAACGAAACGGCACAAUUGGGUCUCGAAUCUAUCGUUGCCUUCUGCAAGGUCGUCUCAGUGCACUUCAGCCAGCCGUCACCACAGUUGGUCGGAGCAUUGCAUGGAAUCUUGGCAGCAGUAUUGAGGUUGUUAUUGGCGGAACCGUUGGAUUCGACUUUGUUCUGGACCUCAUUGUUUGCGUUGUUGUCGUUGCUGAAAGUUUCGAGAAGUACGGAUUUGGGUGCAGCGAUAGAGAAGGCGGUUGAGGGAGUAGAGAGUAAAGAUGCUUUCCAACAUGCAGCGAGGAAGUUGGUUGAAUCAGCGCUAGGGCCUCAGGGCCAGGAUGAUGCGGAUUGGAUCCAUGAGGCUAAGCAAAAGCUGCCGAAAUGGAGGGGACAGAUUAGGGUUCGUUGA